AUGGAUGAGGAUUUUCUACUUGCUAUUCAGCUGCAAGAGCAGUUUGACAACGAAUAUGAGACGACGCUGUUAUCAACAAACGGUUUUGAAGAAAACCACAUUGGAAGCAGCAGUAAGAAACGAAAGGUGGAGGUAGCUGGGGGAGAUAGCGAUGUUAUCCCAACCUGGAAGCGGACCCCCAACCCCCAGCGACCCCUGAGCAUCGUGGAUGAAUCCUGGGAGAUUCUGGACCCCAGCCCGGAUGUUAGGGCCAUGUUUCUGGAGUUCAACGACACGUUUUUCUGGGGGAAACUUAGUGGAGUGGAGGUCAAGUGGAGCCCCAGGAUGACACUGUGUGCCGGUGUGUGUUCUUAUGAAGGCCGCGGUGGGCUGUGUUCGAUAAGACUCAGCGAGCCGCUGCUGAAGCUUCGACCAAGAAAAGACCUGACCCUCCUCCACGAAAUGAUCCACGCGCUCCUGUUCGUGACCCAGAACAACCGGGACCGGGACGGCCACGGGCCCGAGUUCUGCAAACACAUGAACAGGAUCAACCAGGCCAGCGGGACCAAGAUAACGGUAGGUGGACACUCCUCCAUAUAG